AUGCAUGAUUUUUUGUUCGAGUCGAAUAUUUACCCACUCCUUAGGGCCUCAUGGUUUAAGCCUUUGGCUGUGGAGGAUCAGAUGAGGUGGCUGAUGAAGUGGAGGACUUCUAUGCGGAUGAUGUGGAAGAUGACAACAAGCAAUUCUAGUUUAUCAUCCAAAGGUCCAGGAAUCAAGUGCUUCCAUCCCCAUGAGCCUAAGAAGAAAGAGGUUGCAAAAGAUACAGUGGGGCGACUGGCAAAGAGGGCACUGAAGCAUGAAGUUGCUGGUAAGACAGCUGCUGCAAAACAUCAGCAGCAUUCGGUGAGGUUGGGCCGGAUGUGA